AUGCGCAUCCGCCCUUCGGUCAUCGCUCUGUUCACUACGGCGGCGCUGAUCCAGCCUGUCGCGGCCGAAGGUUACGACACUCCUCUGAGCUCCUACGAUGAGGGCUUGUUCACACCUCUGGAAGACUUGGGGGCGCUUUCGUCGUCUCAAUUCACCACGCUACGCCAUCCUGCAAUGCCGUACCACUCCAUCCGUAUCAAAGAAUCGCGCUUCUGUGAUACUGGAGUAAAGACCUAUACGGGAUACAUCGACAUCGGCCUUCGCCAUAUGUUCUUCUACUUCUUCGAGAGUCGCCAUGAUCCAGACAACGACCCGCUCUUGUUCUGGACAAACGGCGGCCCCGGAGGUUCCGGCGCCAUGAGCCUCUUCACCGCGAUCGGCCCAUGUUUGGUCACCAACAAGAACACGACGGUCCACAAUCCGAACGCAUGGAACAAUCAAGCGAACACGGUGUACUUCGAGCAGCCCGUCGGAGUCGGCUUCUCAUACGCGGAUACCGGAGACGUUGUAGGAUCGACAAUGGAUGCAGGAGACGACAUUGUCGCUUUCCUGGGCAUAUUCUUCCAGCAUUUCAUCAAGUUCCGAGGCAGGCCUGUGCAUAUGGCCGGCGAAUCUUACGGGGGUAAAUACAUUCCCGUCUUUGCCUCAAAAAUCUAUGAUCAAAACACGAAGCUCGUUGAGGCUGGCCUAACCCCUGUCAACUUGACAUCCGUCGUGAUAGCGAAUGGCUGUACGAACGUCGAGCACUGGACGACCUCAACGUACGACGUGCUCUGUCAAGACCCGGACUUCCCUCAGCUCGCUAGCAUUGAGGCAUGCGUUCGAUUGAAGCAAAUGGUACAACGUUGCAAGAAGAGCUACCAAAAGUCUUGCGUCGAUACGCUAGAUCUGAUCGACUGCUCUCAUACAGCCAUCGAUCUCUGCUGGAAGCUCAAAGUUUCGAAUUACGACCGUACACGUCCCUGCUCUGACGGAGGCAACAUUGACCUCUGCUACCCGCGGCUUCUAAAUAUCGACGGACUCCUCAGUCAAGACGAGGUACAGAUUGCCCUCGGAGCAGAUCCGAGAUUCCGCGGCGCCUACAGCUACAAGUCGAACGCUGUGGGCGAGGCCUUCGGAUCCUCAUUCGAUAUCAUCAGCUUCCGCGCCGAGGAUUACCUCGCCGCACUACUCGAGCGAGGCAUCCCGGUGCUCCUCCUUGUCGGGGACACCGACUUAAUGUGUAACAGGAUCGGCAUCGAGCGCACGACGAUGGAGCUCGAAUGGUCCAGGAGUGGAGAGUUCCGCCCCUUGCCUCUUCGGACGUGGACUGCGAACGGCCAUGUCGCGGGCGAAACGCGGAGCGGAGGUGGACUGACAUAUGCUACUCUCCACGGCGCCGGCCAUAUCGCACCGGGAGAUAAACCUGUGGAGGCACUGACACUGAUCAACCGGUGGCUGUCCGGGAAAGCCCCGUGA